UCUCUCCUCCUCCUCCCAUUGGUCAUUGGUUAAACUAACGGUCCAUUUUAAACUUUCCAGAUCGAUCAAUCUUAACCUUUUUUUUCUCUUUUUUUAAUAUUAUUUCUCACCCUUUCUAUCCCUAUCCCAUUUCAUUACUGAAUAUAAAAAGGAUAAAAGAGAGACAAGAAACGUGAUUUUUUACAAACUUCUGUGCUCUCUUCGUGCGAUAUAAAUCUGUGUUUCCUUAACUGUUCGAUUUGUUUGCGAAGACUGAAAAUUGUUGUGCGGCUUUUGGGGCUUGUUCGUGGAAUUGGAAAUGGCCGCGGUUCGUAAGCGGGUAUGGCAGUUAUCUGGGAUCGGAGCUUUUGGGGCUUCAAAAUUCAAAGUGCCGUCCUCGUUCGAAAGAGAAAUAUUCCAUCCAUUUUCUGUUUCGAGGUCAAGACAUUCUUCUCAAUUGGUGAAAUCCAACGGAAAACACUUGUUUCUUGUUGACACCUUAGCCCUGGUUAGAAGAUUAGAGGGGGAAGGAGUACCCUCAAAACAAGCCGAGGCAAUAACAGCGGCAAUAACCGAAGUUUUAAAUGAUAGUCUUGAAAAUGUGUCUCAGUCCUUAGUAUCUAAAGGAGAAAUGCAGAGAACUGAGAUGAUGCAAGAAUCCAAUUUAUCUAAGUUUAAAGCAGAGGUGCAGAGCUCACAGGGACACCAUUUCUCUCUUUUGCAACACGAGACAGAGAAGCUUAGGAAUGAUAUAGAGAAGAUGCGGAGUGAGUUGAGGUAUGAGAUUGAUAAAGUCACAGCUGGGCAGCGAUUAGAUUUAAACCUUGAAAGGGGGAGAAUAAGGGAGGAAUUGGCUAACCAGAAUGCUGAAACUAACAAUCUGACAAACAAACUUGAUAGAGAGAUCCAUUCUUUAAGAGCACAGCUGGAAGCAGCCAAAUAUGAUGUUAUAAAAUAUUGCAUAGGAACACUGGUUUCGAUUUCUGCAGUUGGUCUUGCAGUAUUACGGAUUUUGAUGUAAACAAAUUGUAUUUCUAUUAACUUAAAAAAUGGGUGGAAAAGAAUCAUGAAGAUACCUAGCUGCUUUGAAGAUCUGUCUUCCCUCAGAAACAGUUACAUUACAAUACUGGAUCAACCUUCUUUUCUUUCAUUAUUUUUCUUUGGUCGGUAUUAGUGGAGCAGGAAGGAACUAGCUCCAAGUAGGCACGAAUUGGGCCUGUUUUUUAAGCCCAUUUCAUAUUCUUUUUGUUUAUUUAUUUGCCAUGUUUUUUGAAUAUUUGUACAUUUUGUAUGUGACUGUGGUAUCAAUACAACGCAAACAUAUUGGAUUAUAAAUA